GGCCAUGGCACAAUGGAUUCUGCUCCUUGUAGCUCUCCUGGUCCUGGGUCAUGUGCCACCAGGAAGCAGUGAAUUCAAAAAGUGCUGGAAUGGCCAAGGGGCUUGCCGAAAUUACUGCAUGCGGCAGGAAACCUUCAUGCACCUGUGUCCAGAUGCUUCCCUGUGCUGCCUCACCUACUCACAGAAGCCUCCGCCCGCCUCCAAGAUCAGCCAGGAGUAGCUUGCUCUGGUGCCCGGACCCUUACUCCCAAUAAAAUUGGUGCCACAGGCUCUCUCUGAAUUCUGCUCGCAUGACUGUGUCCCUUUCCCCACAGGGAAGGGGAGGGAGUCAAAGAUGUGGGAAGGAUGGUUGCAGGAAGAGGAGGUGCUGGGGAGA